CAACACUCAGAUCCGUUACACAGAGAGAGAGACAGAGGGAGAGAGAGAGAGACACGCAGCCGGACACAGCGCGGGGAGACAGACAGCGAAAUAGACAUCUUAAUAAAUAAUUAGAGAUUGUUUUUGAGUGGCUGAUCGCCCGCGGCCCGCUGUGUGUGCUGAAGCCGUUUUUAAGGUGGAGCCGUCCUGCGUGCCGCUUUCUGCAGUUCCGAGUUGAGGGCGGGUUCGGAGACUCUUCAUCUGAAUCAGAGCAGCAACAGUUUCGCCUCAUCGCUCAGCUCUAAAACAACGACAAGAUGCCGAAAACGAUCAGUGUCCGUGUGACUACGAUGGACGCAGAGUUGGAGUUUGCCAUCCUGCCAAACACCACCGGCAAACAGCUCUUCGACCAGGUGGUGAAGACGAUCGGGCUGAGGGAGGUCUGGUUUUUCGGACUGCAGUAUCAGGACACCAAGGGCUUCCCCACCUGGCUCAAACUCAACAAGAAGGUGACGGCGCAGGACGUGCGUAAGGAGAGUCCCCUGCUGUUCAAGUUCAGAGCGAAGUUCUACCCCGAGGACGUGUCUGAGGAGCUGAUUCAGGAGGCCACACAGAGACUCUUCUUCCUGCAGGUGAAGGAGGCGAUCCUGAAUGAUGAUAUUUACUGUCCUCCUGAGACUGCAGUGUUAUUGGCCUCCUACGCUGUUCAGGCCAAAUACGCUGAUUACAACAAAGACGCCCACACACCUGGAUACCUGUCCAACGACAAGCUGCUGCCUCAGAGAGUUCUGGAGCAGCACAAGCUGAAUAAGGAGCAGUGGGAGGAGAGGAUUCAGGUGUGGCACGAGGAGCACAAGGGCAUGCUCAGAGAGGACUCCAUGAUGGAGUAUCUGAAGAUCGCUCAGGAUCUGGAGAUGUAUGGAGUGAACUACUUCAGCAUUAAGAAUAAGAAAGGAACCGAGCUGUGGCUGGGCGUGGACGCUCUGGGCCUCAACAUCUACGAACAGAACGACAAGAUGACGCCGAAGAUCGGCUUCCCCUGGAGCGAGAUCAGAAACAUCUCCUUCAACGACAAGAAGUUCGUCAUCAAGCCCAUCGAUAAGAAAGCGCCGGACUUUGUGUUCUACGCUCCUCGCCUGCGCAUUAAUAAGCGUAUCCUGGCUCUGUGUAUGGGCAACCACGAGCUCUACAUGCGCCGCAGAAAACCAGACACCAUCGAGGUUCAGCAGAUGAAGGCCCAGGCCAAGGAGGAGAAGAACCACAAGAAGAUGGAGAGGGCAAUGCUGGAGAACGAGAAGAAGAAGAGAGAGCAGGCGGAGAAAGAGAAGGAGAAGAUCGAGAAGGAGAAGGAGGAGCUGAUGGAGAGGCUGAGGCAGAUCGAAGAGCAAACCAAGAAAGCACAGCAAGAGCUGGAGGAGCAGACCCGCAGAGCUCUGGAGCUGGAGCAGGAGAGGAAGAAAGCGCAUGAGGAAGCCGAGCGCCUGGAGAAGGAGCGGCGUCAGGCCGAGGAGGCUAAGCUGGCCCUGCUGCAGCAGUCUGAGAACCAGAUGAAGAACCAGGAACACCUGGCGACGGAGCUGGCAGAGCUCACCUCCAAGAUCUCUCUGCUCGAGGACGCCAAGAAGAAGAAGGAGGACGAGGCACUGGAGUGGCAGCAGAAGGCCACCACGGUCCAGGAGGAUCUGGAACGCACCAAGGAGGAGCUGAAGAAUAAGGUGAUGGCAGCUCACGUUCAGGAGCCGGUUCACGGGGAGAGCGACCACGACGAGAGCGACGAGAGCAGCGCCGAGGCCAGCGCCGAGCUGACCGCUGCCGCAGCCUACAAGGACCGCAGCGAGGAGGAGAGGAUGACCGAGGCCGAGAAGAAUGAACGAGUGCAGAAACACCUGCUGGCUCUGAGUUCAGAGCUGGCUAACGCUCGGGACGAGACGAAGAAGACCCAGAACGACAUCAUCCACGCGGAGAACGUGCGGGCGGGUCGGGAUAAGUACAAGACUCUGCGGCAGAUCCGCUCCGGAAACACCAAACAGCGCAUCGACGAGUUCGAGUGCAUGUAAAAUCGCAAAAAAAAUAAUAAAAAAAGGGCCAGCAGGGGGCGCCACAGCCUGCCUCUCACCACCAGCCACCACACACCUGCACACAAAACAACAGUACCCACAAUCCACUGCUUCAGCAGCACUGCCAGCCGAGAAGAGGCUAGAAAUCACGGUGAAAACAUGAGAAAACCCCGUUAGAGCUGGACUAGUUUUAUCAGAGGGGGCUGUGUUAUGUUUGAUUGGCUGAUUAGUUCAGACUGUAAAACUACACACACUGCAGAUUCAUACUGGAUUAAAAUCGCUCCACAAUUAUUACCGUCAGACUGUAAAACUACACACACUGCAGAUUCAUACUGGA